UGGAAGUGUCUGGGAGUGGGGAGCCUGAAGAUGGGGGGUGGGGCCCGUGGGGGGUCGAGGGAGCAAUAGCGUUCUUUCCCAGGCCAGCCCCGGCCCCUCCCCUCUCCUGCGGGCUGAAAUGGGGAACACAUUGGGCCUGGCACCCAUGGGGGCCGUGCCCCGCCGGACCCCCCGCCGGGAGGAACCUCUGCCCAACCCUGGGAGCUUCGAUGAGCUGCACCGGCUGUGCAAAGACGUAUUUCCAGCCCAGAUGGAAGGCGUGAAGCUGGUUGUCAACAAGGUUCUGAGCAGCCAUUUCCAGGUGGCACACAGUGUGCACAUGAGUGCCUUGGGCUUGCCGGGCUACCACCUCCACGCCGUCUAUGCCGGGGACUGUCAACUUAGCCCCAGUGAGGUGUUUCCCACGGUGGUCGGGGACAUGGACAGCAGUGGCAGCCUCAACGCCCAGGUCCUGCUCCUGUUGGCCGAGCGGCUUCGCACUAAGGCUGUCUUCCAGACGCAGCAGGCCAAGUUCCUGACUUGGCAAUUUGACGGCGAGUAUCGGGGAGACGACUACACAGCCACUCUGACCCUAGGGAAUCCUGACCUGAUUGGGGAGUCCGUGAUCAUGGUCGCGCACUUCCUGCAGAGCCUCACCCACCGGCUAGUCCUGGGGGGAGAGCUAGUGUACCACCGGCGGCCAGGCGAAGAGGGAGCCAUCCUGACCCUGGCUGGGAAGUACUCGGCUGUACACUGGGAAGCUACACUGAAUGUAGGGUCAGGCGGGGCCCACGCAAGUUAUUACCACAAAGCAAAUGAACAGGUUCAGGUUGGAGUGGAAUUUGAGGCAAACACAAGGCUGCAGGACACGACCUUCUCCUUUGGUUACCACCUCACUCUGCCCCAGGCCAACAUGGUCUUUCGAGGCUUGGUGGAUAGUAACUGGUGUGUGGGUGCUGUCCUGGAAAAGAAGAUGCCCCCCUUGCCGGUGACCCUAGCCCUCGGAGCAUUCCUCAGUCACUGGCGGAACAGAUUCCAUUGUGGUUUCAGCAUCACUGUGGGCUGAGGUUGUCCCUGGGACCCCACAGCAGCUUCCACCUCGGCGUCAGGUGCCCUGAGGCCAGAGACGAGGCCCCCCUCCAGAGCUCACCUCGAUGGGCACCCCAGAGUGGGGACAGGACCAUUCCCUCCUCAGAACUGGAGCUGCGACAGGAGCAGCUGAUGAGGCAGUGGUUUGAGGCUCCCACCUCUCCCACCAGCCCCACUCUCAUCUUCCUCAUGCUCUUAGGGCUUUGGACUAAAAGGGAAAGAUUAAGGAAGGGUACAUCUGGAUAAGUUUCCCUUCCAUUUCUUUUUUCCCCCCUUUGGAUAAAAAAGCCAGGUCUCUUCCUCUUUGGAGCAGAAAAUUCA